CGCGCCGUGACCCGGGCCGGCUGCGGCAGCGCGGGGGGCUGCGCUGCGCUCCUCUCCGCGGCGCCGGCGGAGUGCGGGAGAGGCCCAGGCCGCCUCCGCUGCCUGGCGUCUUCGCUUUGUCUCUCGCCGGGGUCGGCCACGCGCGUGCGAGACUCGGCAGCCGCUGACGGAGAGCGGCCCGGCUCGGCGCACCUGACCACGAUCAGUGUAUCUCUAUUAAAGUUUCCCCGGGCUCUGAGACAGCUGGCUGCAAAUACGGAGCGCUGGAUUAAUACUUGAGGCAGCCUAUCCUUCACAGCCAGAUGGAGGCUUUGGAGCAAAAGAGCAACCUCCUUGGUUUGCAAACAGAGGGCAACAUGGAACAACCAUUCAGUAUUAGUUCCUUGAAAAAGCUCGUAGCUAUUCCUGACCACACGGACAUCUCUGUGACCCCAGAAGAGAGAGUGCGUGCCCUAAGCAAACUUGGCAGCAAUAUUGCAAUCAAUGAGGACAUCACUCCACGUCGUUACUUCAGAUCUGGAGUAGAAAUGGAGCGAAUGGCAUCAAUUUAUAUGGAGGAAGGAAAUCUGGAGAACGCUUUUGUUUUUUAUAACAAGUUCAUAACCUUGUUUGUGGAGAAGCUGCCCAGUCACCGAGACUAUCACCAAUGUGCAGUACCAGAAAAACAAGUUAUUAUUAAGAAACUGAAGGAGGUUGCAUUUCCACGGACAGAUGAACUGAAGAGAGAUCUUUUAAAAAAAUAUAGCUUAGAAUAUCAAGAAUACAUGCAAAACAAAAACAAGUGUAAAACUGAAUCUCUGAAGAAACUAGAGCAGCAGAAGCUGAUAGAGGCAGAGAAGAAACGAAUUGCACAUAUGAGGCAGCAGCAGCUUGAAUCAGAACAGUUUCAGUUCUUUGAGGAUCAGCUUAAGAAGCAAGAACUGGCUCGAGAUCAGAAGAUUAAAGAGAGCAUGGUUAUGUCUGAGCAGAUAGAUGGAAGUAUGCUAUCCUGUAUUUCUGUACCUGAGAACAGUUCCUCAUCUACCACACUGCAAGAGAAAAAAGAGAAGAGUGAUAUAUGUGUCUCUACUGGAGAUUUACCUUCAGUAAACCAGGCCCUAAAGCCAGCAGCCGCUUUAAGUGCUGUUCAGACUCAACUGGCUGAAGCACUCAGAGGUGUAAUUUUACCCAGGGAUCUCUGUCACAAAUUUCUGCUGCUAGCAGAGGCGAAUACAUUAAGAGGAAUAGAGACAUGUGGAAUUCUCUGUGGAAAACUGACACACAACGAAUUUACUAUUACCCAUGUAAUAGUGCCAAAGCAAUCUUCAGGACCAGACUACUGUGACAUGGAGAAUGUAGAAGAAUUAUUUGGUAUUCAGGAUCAGUUUGAUCUCCUCACUUUGGGUUGGAUACAUACACAUCCAACACAAACUGCAUUCUUAUCCAGUGUUGAUCUUCAUACUCAUUGUUCUUAUCAGCUCAUGUUACCAGAGGCCAUUGCAAUUGUUUGUUCACCAAAACAUAAUGAUACUGGCAUCUUCAGACUGACUAAUGCUGGCAUGCUUGAAGUUUCUGCUUGUAAAAAGAAGGGAUUUCAUCCACAUACAAAGGAUCCCAGGUUAUUUAAUCCAUGCACCCAUGUGGUUGGGAAGGACAUAAAGAUAACUGUGCUGGAUCUGAGGUGAUACAGAUGGACAGUCGCAGUGUUGCUAUAAAAGUGGCCAAAAAAGAAAAAUGGCUUCUUGUUUUUCUUAUGUUUUCAGAAACGACUUUUAUAUUUAUACAUUUUAGAUUGAAUGGUUUGGUAUUUAUUGCUUUUGCCUGUUUUGGAGUUACUUUGUUGCCCUGUCAAGAAGGAAUUCAGUGGCAUUACCUGAAACUGUAGAUGUAUCAUCUCACUAAAAACAACAAUAAAAUGUACUUCAAGCAACAGUAACAAAAUUGAAAUAAAUAAUGCUCCUUUUGUAAUUUGUUGUUGUUACCUGAGAAUUACAGAUAUUUUUAACAGUGGUUGGCUUUUGAUGACUUCCAGCUACAUAGAUGUAUUCAUAGCUUCUUUGAAUUUACAUUGUAUGUAGCAAUGUAGAGGCAAACACAUCAAUUCAGGGAUUUGUUUUCAUCCUUGCAUAGCUCAAGUUUAUGCUAAGUCGUUAACAUAAUUAAAUCCUUCACCUGAGUUCUGACCGUCAUUGCAUCCUGGAAUAGUAGAGAAGAAUCAGUCUUUUGGAUAACUAUGUUUUUUCCAGCAAUUCUCUAGAUAAAACUUCUAUGUUAAAUCAAGCUUUUAUCCUGACAGUGAUUUCCUGGAUGUGGCUAGAGUUAGGCAAAAAGAUCUAUCUAGAGUAAGAAGGAAGAACCAUACGAAGGUAUUUGCUCUUACAAGAGUUUAUUUAGCGUCUGUCCCAAGAAACCUAGAUGACCUAGACUUUAAAUAAUAAGAUUGGUACAAAAGAGUUCAGAAUGUGCACUGAGUCUGAAGACGGACAAGAUCUGAAACCUAGCAGUUAUGCAGCCAUAGUAAAUAACAGGUGCUGCUGCAAAAAACUUACAGGUUGAAAGGUAAAGCGUUACAGGUAGGUGAGAUAAAUAGUUGAGUUUAAGGAAGGAAAAUAAGUAACAAAAAUAAAUAGCAUCCUUCAUCCUGAAUUCUAAUGAAUACGGAUUGCAGCAAGGUCCUUAGAACUGACCUUCUUCAGAUCUGUCUCAAUUAAUUCUUUGGUCAUAAACAUAUUCAUAUAUAUGUAUAUAUAUAUAUAUGUAUAUAUAUACUUCUAAGACAGCAGUAUUGGCUUCAAUGCUUAUGCGUAUACUUCUCUUAAAAUCAGUUUCAAUGUAUUUAAGACAAUAAGUGGAGUCAGAAAAGUCAUAGAAAAAAGGACAUUGUCUAAAAACAUUUUAUCUGUUCUGAUUACAUUACAUCCUCCCCUUCAGAAAAACAAACAAACUUCUGAAGAGCAAUUGUAUUAAGCCAGCUUAAUUACCCUUUAGACUUUGCUGAAAAUCAACAACAACACAAGCUACACUCAUUCUGAGGAUAUAUAAUAGCAAAGUCACCUUUUCAAGCUAGUAUCAGAAUUUAGAUAUGCUCCCAGAAGGACAGUUUUAGUUUCUAUCAAAAAUAAAACCAAAGAAAACAACCAUGGAAAAGAUAUAGCAAGCAACAUACACUACUGGACCACAGAGUAUAAGAAGUGCCUUUUCCAGCAUGGUAGCUGUGAACUGAGAAGCGAUGUGGUCAGAUAGUAUUUCUGGAUAGAGCAGAUGCAAAGCAGAAUGCACGUGCUCCUCCUGGUAUCAAGCACACACUGUGCCCCUCCGGUGCUGCCCAGAACUUUGGGAGCACCAUGACUAGUUCUGCUUGCAGACUGAAAUGCCUACCGAGGCCGAAUGCUGGCGCCGUACAGGCUGGCAGCUGGGCGUUUUCUGGCGUUGAUACCACUGGCCAACAGGUACCGCUUCUAAGCCCACAGCGCAGUAACAAGUUUACGCCACGAGAUGGAGCUUCGCACCAGCUGUAAAGGCAACUCCACAACUGCAUCUCUAAAACAGGAGCAGCAAUUUCGUUUGCAUAUUUUAAAAUUUAUUCAAAAAAAAAAAAAAAUACACCAA